CGGCCAAGGAGUUUUACCAGAAGUACGACCCUAAGGACGUCAUUGGCAGUUGGCGUUGUCCACACUUCAGAGCUCGCAAAAUGGAAGUCCAGAGACCUGAUGUCAGUGGGUCACUUGGAGGUUAGUUAGUGGCACAUUUGGGACCUACACCAAGGUCUCCUGAUUCACAACUUUGUUCUCCAGUCAAUGGUCUGCUGUUUAUUUGGAGCCUCUUACACUUGAGGUAUUGUAGGAGAACUUUGGGAUUCAGAAGGGGUAAUCAAGGGAAGUGUGAGUAAAAUUUGGAGGGAGCCUUAGAUCAUUUCUUCUUGCUUUCUCCUUGUGGGGUUCCGGGAGAAGGGGCAGGUUCUGGGGCUCAGUGUGGAAAGGACCUCCCUAAGCUUCUCCAUGCAGGGAGUGGCUGAGGCUGGAUUCGAACCCAGCACCCCGCCUGCCUUCCCUGUGAGCUUUGUGUUGCAUCUUGCUGGGUACUCACAUGGCUUGCUGAGGCUACUGUGAAGCUGCCGUAGGCCAGGGUGAACCGCAGUAGGCUGCCUUAUUGUCCAGAUGGGGCUUCAGAAUACGGUGCAGCGGGUACAAGGAUGGCGAGGCUCCACUCUGUGUGGAAAUGAGAGAGCAGGAGGUCCUGACGCGUGUGCGGUCUGACUCUGGCAGAGGAGUGAGCUCUGUGGUGCGCCGUUGUGUUCAUCGAGCCACUGGCCAUGAGUUUGCGGUGAAGAUCAUGGAGGUGACAGCUGAGCGGCUGAGUCCUGAACAGCUAGAGGAGGUGCGAGAAGCCACGCGGCGAGAGACGCACAUCCUUCGCCAGGUCGCCGGCCACCCCCACAUCAUCACUCUCAUCGAUUCCUACGAGUCUUCUAGCUUCAUGUUCCUGGUGUUUGACCUGAUGCGGAAGGGAGAGCUGUUUGACUACCUCACAGAGAAGGUGGCCCUCUCCGAAAAGGAAACCAGGUCCAUCAUGAGGUCUCUGCUGGAAGCAGUGAGCUUUCUCCACGCCAACAACAUUGUGCACCGAGACCUGAAGCCCGAGAAUAUUCUCCUAGAUGACAAUAUGCAGAUCCGACUUUCAGAUUUUGGGUUCUCCUGCCACUUGGAACCUGGCGAGAAGCUCCGAGAGUUGUGUGGGACCCCAGGGUACCUAGCACCAGAGAUCCUUAAAUGCUCCAUGGAUGAGACCCACCCCGGCUACGGAAAGGAGGUCGACCUCUGGGCCUGCGGCGUGAUCUUGUUCACACUCCUGGCUGGCUCACCACCAUUCUGGCACCGCCGCCAGAUCCUGAUGUUACGCAUGAUCAUGGAAGGCCAGUACCAGUUCAGCUCGCCCGAGUGGGAUGACCGUUCCAACACGGUCAAAGACCUGAUCUCCAGGCUGCUCCAGGUGGACCCUGAGGAGCGCCUGACAGCGGACCAGGCCCUGCAGCACCCGUUCUUUGAGCGCUGUGAAGGCAGCCAGCCCUGGAACCUCACGCCCCGCCAGCGGUUCCGGGUGGCAGUGUGGACCGUGCUUGCUGCGGGACGCGUGGCCUUAAGCACCCAGCGUGUCCGGCCACUGACCAAGAGCGCACUGCUGAGGGACCCUUACGCGCUGCGGCCUGUGCGGCGCCUCAUUGACAGCUGUGCCUUCCGGCUCUAUGGGCACUGGGUGAAGAAGGGGGAGCAACAGAAUCGCGCCGCCCUCUUCCAGCACCAGCCCCCCGGGCCUUUUCCCAUCACGGGCCCUGAAGAGGAGGGGGACUCCGCUGCUAUCCCCGAGGAGGAUGCUGUGCUGGUGCUGGGCUAGCACUUUGGCCCCGGGGACCCCAGAGUGUAGGACUCUCCAGGAGGAGGACUUUUAUCAUUCCAGCCCUUCUGGGCUUUGGCCUCGGGCCUUGCCCCUCAGGCUGGCCAGGCCCACCACUGCUUGUACUACCAUGAAGAACAGCCAUGUACCCCUGCCCCCACCAGCCGGGGCUUUGGGGUCGGAGCAGAGGGGGAAGGCAGCCACUCGCAACACCACGCCUGGCCUCAUCUGUGCUGCUUCUGCCGCAUUUGCAAUAAAAUCUGCAUGCCAGAGGGA